AUGAAUAACAAUAUAGAAGCUUUGAAAAAAUUACGCACAAUAAAUACUUCAUGCCCAGAAAGCGUUUUAAAAUUAUCAAAGCCUAUAGUACUAUCAAAUAACUAUAGUUUAUUUGGAGAUGAAAUUUGGGAAAUAUAUGAACAAACUUUUUUAGCAGCUUUAGAAAUAGGAGAUGAUGAAUUAGCAAACCAAUGUCUCACAAAACUUUUAAAAAAAUUUCCUACAUCUAUAUCAGUCAUCGUUCUUAAAGGAUUGUAUUUAGAAGCAAUAGGAAAUACAUCAGAAGCACUUAAAUAUUACAGCGAUAUCCUUUCCAUGAAUGAAUCAAAUAUUCCUAUUUCAAAACGUCGAAUAGCUUUGCUUCGAUCAUUAGGAAGAACAGAAGAAGCUGUAAAUGAGUUAGUGAAGUUUUUAGACAUAUGGUAUUUAGAUACAGAAGCAUGGGCAGAACUAGCUGAUAUUUAUUUUUCAUUUCACUUUAGGUACAAAAAAGCUUCAUUUUGUUAUUCAGAAUUAUUGUUAUUGCAACCAUUUUCACAUUUAAUCCAUGCUCGUUAUGCAUUAGUUUUAUACAUACAAUCAUUUACUGAACCCGAUUUACUUCAUAUAGCUACAAAAGAAUAUCUUAGAUCUAUUGAACUUUAUAAUAACUUCUUGCAAGGAUUUUGUGGAUUAAAACAGUGUUGUAUAUCUCUUUUAAAACAACCAUCUUCUUUUUGGAAUAAUAAUAAAAGAAUAACUGUAGGGACAAAUCUUUUAGAAGAAAAACCUCUUAAGUUAAAAAAAGUUAAGUCUUUAGAUGAUAUGGCCUCGAAGAUGCUAAAAAAAUUUUUACAUGAAGGGAAACCACCUAUCAAUGAGAAAAAUCUACAGAAAUUCAUUAAAAGCCUUAUUGAAUCUUAA